CCCCAAUCAAGAAAAGCGUCCACCCGUCUCACCCAGCCAUUCGUUCGCACUCCAUGUCGCCAGCUCUUGGGAAGCCCACCAGGAACGAUGUGGGAGGGUCCAGGUGUGCCGCAACUGAGGUGAGACCUUAUUAAGUGCUGCAUUUCCGCCACCCGCGCGCUGCCGUUUGCCUUCUGCUUGCUUGCUGCUGUUUGUCGCUGCCAUCCGUCUCGAGUCCCUUCAGCUGCCCUCACGCGCGCCGCCACUACCACCACUGCUGCUGCUGCUGCCGCAAGUACCGCCAACAUGUCUCGCUUUGCAUCCUUCCUGUGCCUCGUCGCAUCUUGGACCUCGCUCAUAUCCGCUCACACAGUCAUCGUCUAUCCAGGCUGGAGAGGGAACAACAUUUGGACAAACGGUACCGUGUCACCGCGAGACGACAACAUCAAGCCCGGAAGUCUAGGCAUCACCUGGGAGAAUGGUUCUUAUGCUUUUCCUUAUGGAAUGCAAUGGAUGUAUCCAUGCGGCGGUAUGCCAACAUCAACAAACCGCACAAAAUGGCCCCUCACAGGCGGUGCGCUGUCCAUCCAGCCCGGAUGGUUCCCCGGCCACUCCCUCGCGCAAUUCUACAUCAACAUGGGCUUCGAAACUGAGCCAAAGAACUACAGCCACGCCAUGCUUCCCGUUUUCCAAAUCGUCGGUCCCUCCAACGUUCAGUACAACGGAACCUUUUGUCUGCCACAGGUCCCACUGCCCACUGGCUACGAGCCCAAGGUCGGGGACAAUGCCACUAUCCAGGUCAUUGAGCUGGCACAGCAUGGCGCCUCCCUGUACAACUGUGCCGAUAUCACCUUUGCGGAGCCCGGAGAUCCAGAAAUCCGCGAAGUCACCAGGGAAAACUGCUUCAACUCAUCCGACACCGACGACAAGAUCGGCUUCCAGCUCUUGUACGCGACCACCAGCUCACCAGCAAAUAUGAACUUCAAGCCGAACCCCUGGGCUUCCCUCCUUAUCCCGCUCACAGUUGCCGCCGCGAGUUGGAUAAAUUGGUUGUAAUCGCAGAAAUGCGAAACACAAUCCCAAUUCGUUAUAAUCUUCAACUCUUAUUAUGACGACCAUUUUCUGUUGUGCACAUAUACAUUUCAUUCCUCGUUUCGUCCUUGGCAAUUUUUAGGACAGGGUCUUUUGCUUUUGGUCUUCUAAAGCGGGUGUUCUAGGCGCGUGAUAUCCACCGGGGGCUUUCCAUUCGUUUUGGGUCCAUCUUCGUUCUGUUUUCUGGUUUUCGAGCACUUGAUAUCAAAACAUCAUGACCGGAGCGUCCUUCCUUUUAAUUUGACGUCGGAUGUGGAGGACAGAGGCCACUAUCAAGGCAGAUAGGAGUGAUGGGGUGAUCUUGCAUGGCAGCUCUAGCAGUAGGCAGUCUCGCUGCGAUGGCUUUAUAUCACAAAUUGUCUCGCGAGUUCGACAAUUGAAUAUUGACAAAUGUUUCUCAUUUCGAGAACAAUGAAUGCGCUUGAAGUUUUUCUAGUGAAGACGCUGCUUCUUGGUUCAUGAACUUGUAGCUUCACUGUUGUAUGCUUUUACUACCGUUACUCCGGUUCCAACUAGUAGCCUAUCAAAAGCAGACACACGCCCCAGUGAUGAUUUUCAUCUCCAGGGCUGUGACAAGGAACCGAACUCUAUCCUUUAGUGCAUUCUACGUAUACUUGAAGUUGGUGGUAAGUCAGACGAUGACUGGAUCGAUGUUUCAUUCCUGAAUCAUCACUCCACCUUCCUCUCAUCGAACCACAAUCCGUCGAGAUCUGCCGCACAUUCACCUGAAGAGGUCCGCACAGCCAGUAUCCACUCCAAAGAUCAAACAUCCCUGCGAAUGCCAUUAUACACCUGAGAGAUAAUAAUCCACGUAUCCAGCA